AUGUGCAGAUCAUGGAGCAGGCAAUUUUCCGUCGUGGAGGUCCCUGACCAAUCGCUCUCGCUUCACUCCCAGGCACUUUCCAGCAUAAUUGCAGGCACUUUCCAGCAUAAUUGCAGCCCCAUGAAGCGAAAACAGCCGCACUUGUGCAGAUCAUGGAGCAGGCAAUUUUCCGUCGUGGAGGUCCCUGACCAAUCGCUCUCGCUUCACUCCCAGGCACUUUCCAGCAUAAUUGCAGCGAAAACAGCCGCACCUGUGCAGAUCAUGAGCAGGCAAUUUUCCGUCGUGGAGGUCCCUGACCAAUCGCUCUCGCUUCACUCCCAGGCACUUUCCAGCAUAAUUGCAGGUCCAUCAUGGAGCAGGCAAUUUUCCGUCGUGGAGGUCCCUGACCAAUCGCUCUCGCUUCACUCCCAGGCACUUUCCAGCAUAAUUGCAGGCACUUUCCAGCAUAAUUGCAGAUCAUGGAGCAGGCAAUUUUCCGUCGUGGAGGUCCCUGACCAAUCGCUCUCGCUUCACUCCCAUGCACUUUCCAGCAUAAUUGCAGCGAAAACAGCCGCACCUGUGCAGAUCAUGAGCAGGCAAUUUUCCGUCGUGGAGGUCCCUGACCAAUCGCUCUCGCUUCACUCCCAGGCACUUUCUAGCAUAAUUGCAGGCACUUUCCAGCAUAAUUGCAGCCCCAUGAAGCGAAAACAGCCGCACCUGUGCAGAUCAUGGAGCAGGCAAUUUUCCGUCGUGGAGGUCCCUGACCAAUCGCUCUCGCUUCACUCCCAUGCACUUUCCAGCAUAAUUGCAGCGAAAACAGCCGCACCUGUGCAGAUCAUGAGCAGGCAAUUUUCCGUCGUGGAGGUCCCUGACCAAUCGCUCUCGCUUCACUCCCAGGCACUUUCCAGCAUAAUUGCAGCCCCAAGAAGCGAAAACAGCCGCACCUGUGCAGAUAAUGGAGCAGGCAAUUUUCCGUCGUGGAGCCCCAUGAAGCGAAAACAGCCGCACCUGUGCAGAUCAUGGAGCAGGCAAUUUUCCGUCGUGGAGGUCCCUGACCAAUCGCUCUCGCUUCACUCCCAGGCACUUUCCAGCAUAAUUGCAGGUCCAUCAUGGAGCAGGCAAUUUUCCGUCGUGGAGGUCCCUGACCAAUCGCUCUCGCUUCACUCCCAGGCACUUUCCAGCAUAAUUGCAGGCACUUUCCAGCAUAAUUGCAGAUCAUGGAGCAGGCAAUUUUCCGUCGUGGAGGUCCCUGACCAAUCGCUCUCGCUUCACUCCCAUGCACUUUCCAGCAUAAUUGCAGCGAAAACAGCCGCACCUGUGCAGAUCAUGAGCAGGCAAUUUUCCGUCGUGGAGGUCCCUGACCAAUCGCUCUCGCUUCACUCCCAGGCACUUUCUAGCAUAAUUGCAGGCACUUUCCAGCAUAAUUGCAGCCCCAUGAAGCGAAAACAGCCGCACCUGUGCAGAUCAUGGAGCAGGCAAUUUUCCGUCGUGGAGGUCCCUGACCAAUCGCUCUCGCUUCACUCCCAUGCACUUUCCAGCAUAAUUGCAGCGAAAACAGCCGCACCUGUGCAGAUCAUGAGCAGGCAAUUUUCCGUCGUGGAGGUCCCUGACCAAUCGCUCUCGCUUCACUCCCAGGCACUUUCCAGCAUAAUUGCAGCCCCAAGAAGCGAAAACAGCCGCACCUGUGCAGAUAAUGGAGCAGGCAAUUUUCCGUCGUGGAGCCCCAAGAAGCGAAAACAGCCGCACCUGUGCAGAUCAUGGAGCAGGCAAUUUUCCGUCGUGGAGGUCCCUGACCAAUCGCUCUCGCUUCACUCCCAGGCACUUUCCACCAUAAUUGCAGCCCCAAGAAGCGAAAACAGCCGCACCUGUGCAGAUCAUGGAGUAGGCAAUUUUCCGUCGUGGAGCCCCAUGAAGCGAAAACAGCCGCACCUGUGCAGAUCAUGGAGCAGGCAAUUUUCCGUCGUGGAGGUCCCUGACCAAUCGCUCUCGCUUCACUCCCAGGCACUUUCCAGCAUAAUUGCAGAUCAUGGAGCAGGCAAUUUUCCAUCGUGGAGGUCCCUGACCAAUCGCUCUCGAGGCACACUCCAGCAUAAUUGCAGCCCCAUGAAGCGAAAACAGCCGCACCUGUGCAGAUAUUGGAGCAGGCAAUUUUCCGUCGUGGAGGUCCCUGACCAAUCGCUCUCGCUUCACUCCCAGGCACUUUCCAGCAUAAUUGCAGGUCCCCCCAUGAAGCGAAAACAGCUGCACCUGUGCAGAUCAUGGAGCAGGCAAUUUUCCGUCGUGGAGGUCCCUGACCAAUCGCUCUCGCUUCACUCCCAGGCACUUUCCAGCAUAAUUGCAGGUCCCCCCAUGAAGCGAAAACAGCCGCACCUGUGCAGAUCAUGGAGCAGACAAUUUUCCGUCGUGGAGGUCCCUGACCAAUCGCUCUCGCUUCACUCCCAGGCACUUUCCAGCAUAAUUGCAGGUCCCCCCAUGAAGCGAAAACAGCCGCACCUGUGCAGAUCAUGGAGCAGGCAAUUUUCCGUCGUGGAGGUCCCUGACCAAUCGCUCUCGCUUCACUCCCAUGCACUUUCCAGCAUAAUUGCAGCGAAAACAGCCGCACCUGUGCAGAUCAUGAGCAGGCAAUUUUCCGUCGUGGAGGUCCCUGACCAAUCGCUCUCGCUUCACUCCCAGGCACUUUCCAGCAUAAUUGCAGCCCCAAGAAGCGAAAACAGCCGCACCUGUGCAGAUAAUGGAGCAGGCAAUUUUCCGUCGUGGAGCCCCAAGAAGCGAAAACAGCCGCACCUGUGCAGAUCAUGGAGCAGGCAAUUUUCCGUCGUGGAGGUCCCUGACCAAUCGCUCUCGCUUCACUCCCAGGCACUUUCCACCAUAAUUGCAGCCCCAAGAAGCGAAAACAGCCGCACCUGUGCAGAUCAUGGAGUAGGCAAUUUUCCGUCGUGGAGCCCCAUGAAGCGAAAACAGCCGCACCUGUGCAGAUCAUGGAGCAGGCAAUUUUCCGUCGUGGAGGUCCCUGACCAAUCGCUCUCGCUUCACUCCCAGGCACUUUCCAGCAUAAUUGCAGGUCCCCCCAUGAAGCGAAAACAGCUGCACCUGUGCAGAUCAUGGAGCAGGCAAUUUUCCGUUGUGGAGGUCCCUGACCAAUCGAUCUCUCUCGAGGCACACUCCAGCAUAAUUGCAGGUCCCCCCAUGAAGCGAAAACAGCCGCACCUGUGCAGAUAUUGGAGCAGGCAAUUUUCCGUCGUGGAGGUCCCUGACCAAUCGCUCUCGCUUCACUCCCAGGCACUUUCCAGCAUAAUUGCAGGUCCCCCCAUGAAGCGAAAACAGCUGCACCUGUGCAGAUCAUGGAGCAGGCAAUUUUCCGUCGUGGAGGUCCCUGACCAAUCGCUCUCGCUUCACUCCCAGGCACUUUCCAGCAUAAUUGCAGGUCCCCCCAUGAAGCGAAAACAGCCGCACCUGUGCAGAUCAUGGAGCAGGCAAUUUUCCGUCGUGGAGGUCCCUGACCAAUCGCUCUCGCUUCACUCCCAGGCACUUUCCAGCAUAAUUGCAGGCACUUUCCAGCAUAAUUUCAGCCCCAUGAAGCGAAAACAGCCGCACCUGUGCAGAUCAUGGAGCAGGCAAUUUUCCGUCGUGGAGGUCCCUGACCAAUCGCUCUCGCUUCACUCCCAGGCACUUUCCAGCAUAAUUGCAGGUCCCCCCAUGAAGCGAAAACAGCCGCACCUGUGCAGAUCAUGGAGCAGGCAAUUUUCCGUCGUGGAGGUCCCUGACCAAUCGCUCUCGCUUCACUCCCAGGCACUUUCCAGCAUAAUUGCAGAUCAUGGAGCAGGCAAUUUUCCGUCGUGGAGGUCCCUGACCAAUCGCUCUCGCUUCACUCCCAGGCACUUUCCAGCAUAA